CAGCCUAUACGGGAUGUUGAAGAAAGAUGGAGAAGAAGAGACUGCACGCUUUUCUUCUUGAAAUGCGCAAGGCUGGGUGCGUGAAGGGUUUUAAGUACUUUGCAGUUUAUAUGAGAGGUCGAGAAGAAAUGAUUUGUAAAGUCAUCAACGAGCCUCAGCGAAUGUCAAGAUCAACAUCAGCAUCUCUCAGUGGCAGCUUCGAAAUGCAUGGAAUUGAUUUACCCAGGAAUCAACAGUCUUUUAUGAUAUCUCAGAGGACACAGAGAAGGCUGAGUGGGUAUGGGUUUAUUGAUGUUGGACUGCCUCCUGCUAGUCCCAGCGAUCGUGAGAUCGAUAGUGCUGACGAUAACACAACUAUGUUUCUUAUUGCCGGCUAUAGCACUUACAACUGUCCGUAUGUGUGGGUACGUUCAAAUCACGAGAGAUUAGUUCGUCUCAGCGGUGAGGACACGACUGCGAAGGACAAUCCACUCAAACUGGAGUCGACGACAAAGUGGAACGAUCAAGACAUCAGAGUGUGGGACAUCAUCGCCGAGCUUGUCGCCAUUUGCACAGUACCUGCUCCUAAAGAUCCGUUUGCUGUUGACCUUUCAUAUUAUGACACUUUACCAGUAGCUGAAAGUGUACUGGCGACUGGUGCUAUGAUCAACUUUUUGCAGAAAGUUCUGGAUACCGGAGGGCACAUGUGCAACUCAAAAAUUUUAGAUGAUUUGAAUGCUGUGACGCAGAGACACUUUGAAGACAUGAGCAAACUUCUUGUAGAGAAGAAUGUAGCUCCUGCAUCACCGUCUAUUGGCAGUCAUAUUGGUACAAGAGUCCAUUCUCAAUCUGCAGACUAAUGGCUAGAUAAUUUACUAAAGAAGUAUUGUUUUGAAAAUUUGUGUAAAUUUACGUACAUACACCUAAUGGGUGUACGUGCACACAUAGUCACGUGAAGUUGUGUUUAUCCGGGAGUUUG